AUGGCUGCCUUCCAAGAUAACGCUGUUACGGCGUUGGCUUCCACGAGCUCGUCAUCACUAACUUUUGCAUUACAGGCUUUACUCCAUCGCCAUGAAUCAUACAUGGCCGAGGCUGAAGAAGACCGUCAUCGGUUCCUCACCAGUAUUGAGAACCUAGAACGCGAGAAACGUGAGGUGCAGGUCGAAAAUGCCCGCAUCAUCGAAGAAAAUCGUGGAUUGUUGGAGCAGCUGGACAUUCUGAACAAGGCCGUCGCUGAUGCAGAUUCUCAUGCCAAGUCCCUUGAAGUUAGACUAGAGAAUUCCGAAGCUGAGCUUCGCAAAGUGACGGUGUCAGCUACUCGUGCAGCUGACCUCGACGCCCAAUUAGUUCAGAUGGAGAAUGAACAAUCCAGGCUCCAUGAGAGCCUGGAGUCAGCUGAAGAAGAAUCAAGAUCGGCGGUCCAGCGAUGGAAGAAGGCGGAAAGUACUCUAAGGGAUCUCCAUGAUCAAAUCGACCGCAUCGAGAAGGAGGCACAGCAGGAACGCGAGCGCCAUGCCGAAGCAGUCCAGCGCAUGGAGAAGAAACGGACCGUUGAGCGGGAGCUAGAUGGCGCUGCUAGACGGCUAAAGGGAGCCGCGGCGACUCAUGAGUUGGGCAGGAGUCACGGGGGAACCGUGGUGUCCCGCUUUGUCCGGGACAUAUUACAGGAUAAUGCCAAUUUGCAAUUAGGAAUCGUUGAAUUACGGGAAUUGCUAGAGAUGGUCCCAAUGACAGAAAGUGACGGGCAAGUGCCGCAACUUGCACCGACAUUGAGUCAAGAACUUGAGUCCAAGGAACCGCGCCAGGCACCGCAAGAGUUCCACAUUCACCACCAUUAUCAUACGCCAUCUAUCAAAAAGGAGAGGCCCGCGCUCUUCCGACGUUCCAAGAACAGACAUACCUGGGGGCAUCCGAAUACUGUACACUCUCCUUCUGGUACGAAAUUAGCUCGCAAACCAACGCACCGGUCGCAGUCUUCACACUCUUCUGCAUUCACAAUGAUGUCCCAGCCCUCCCUACAGAUUCCCUCGGCUUCUCAACGCUGGUCCUCGCAGUCGCCCGGGGCUGAGUCCAUAGCGAGCUCACCGCAGUCCGGAUAUCGGUCGUCAUCUAUAUUUGAUAGAGUAGAGCGUGGGUUUGAUUCUUCGCGAGCUACGAGCCCCGACAGCACAGCCUUUUCGCCAUUAAGGGUUAGUCGACGAAAAAGCAGCUGUUAUGAUGCUAGUUUUCGGUCUCCUGAAACGGAUGUUUCGGUCGAUCCUUUGGAUGAUGGUGUUUUCAGCAAAGGUCUUGGGGAUGCAUUCCAGCCUGUCAUACCGGAGGAACGGGAGGACUCCUUGCAUUACGCCACUUCUGAGAGGGCCUUUUCUCCUGCGCCUGAUGAUGUUUUUGCUUCCCCUUAUCGCUCAAGGCGUAAACAAUCGCAUGAGAGCUUGUUCUCUGUUGCAGGCAUGGACAUCCAUACUCCCAGUCGACGUCCAUCGCGGAUGGAGGACAUCUCGAGGCCCUUAUCUGCUCGCGUACCGCGCCGUAUCUUCUCUAGUAACGAUCGGUUCUCCAACCCAGUUCUCUCAACGAGCAGAGUCACCGCCAAUAGAGAGCCUUCAAAAAUUGACCAGUCUUCGCAAACGCUACUUGCUUCAAUGGCUGCUAGUAAGCAAUCCGAGACAGGGUCAGCAAUAGGUGGCCACUUGGACCCCACUGGGACACCUACCCGGAAGAUUUCCCUCACCCGCCGCGUAGGUGGAUGGAUGCGAGAGCAUCUGGGAAAUGCACCCACAGCGGGUAUUGGUGACACAAAACCUGACCAAGAGCAACCAAUACCGUCGACGUCGCAGGUAUCGCCCGAUACGACACCUCCAUCCACUGCGAAUAGACAGCCAAACCCCAAGGCUGACAAAGUUCCGAGCCUGCGAUUUCGAUACCCUGGCGUGAACCAGAAAGGUCCAGUCAUGGGUUUUCGGCCAGCCUCCCGAGCCCCUUUUGCGAUUCACGCGGAGGCUAUUGAUGAGAGCCUGUUGAGGGAGACUUUGGCAGAGUGA